AUGGCAUCUUCAAAACAAGUUGGUAAAAUGGCCUCAAAAUUGAAGGCAGUUGCAUCUAAAGUUAUCCUUCAACCAUAUUUUCAAAUGGAUAUUCCAGCUGGUCAAGCAAGUCCAGCUCCACCACUUGGUCCUAUUCUUGGUCAACAUUCAUUAAAUAUUGCGCAAUUUUGUAAAGAUUUCAAUGAAAGAACUAAAGAUUAUAAAGAAGGAAUACCUUUACCAUGUCAUGUUUAUGUUAAACCUGAUCGAACAUAUGAAUUGGUUUUUUAUACGCCAACAAUCGAACAUCUUCUCCUGCAAGCAGCUGGUCUUAAACGACCAGCAAUUAAUAUUGAACCUGGUGGUCGAAUAAGUGUUAAACACAUCUAUGAAAUAGCCAAAGUGAAACUUCAAGAUGAACCUUAUCAAGGCUUAACAAUGAAAGAAAUGUGUCGUAUAUUAAUUCAACAUGCUAAUAAACUUGGUAUGGAAGUUGUUAGUACAUUGAAUGUUGAAGAACAAACGAAAUAUAUGGAAGAAUUACGUGCACUUCAUGAAAGACAGGCUAAAGAAGCUGAAGAAGCUCAACAAGCAAAACUUUUACGUGGAGCUACUGCUGCUGCUGAAAAAGGUGGCAAAAAAUAA